UAGGGGUGUCCCGUCGGCACGCGCAGACAGCAGGGAGCAGCUGCGGCAAGAAGAUCGCGUACCGUUUCGCCGUUUUGUGAGCAGCUAACAUUUUGACAUUUAAUUUAAAAAGACAGAUAAAGGCUCAAAACCAACGACAAUUAAAAUGGUAGAUCGCGAGCAACUGGUACAGAAAGCCAGGCUGGCUGAGCAAGCAGAGAGAUACGAUGAUAUGGCUGCUGCCAUGAAAUCGGUGACUGAACUGAACGAGGCCCUCUCCAACGAGGAGAGGAACCUGCUGUCCGUGGCCUACAAGAACGUGGUGGGGGCGCGCCGCUCCUCCUGGCGGGUCAUCUCCAGCAUCGAGCAGAAGACCUCGGCCGACGGCAACGAGAAGAAGAUCGAGAUGGUGCGCGCCUACCGCGAGAAGAUCGAGAAGGAGCUGGAGGCCGUGUGCCAGGACGUGCUCAACCUGCUGGACAACUUCCUGAUCAAGAACUGCAGCGAGACGCAGCACGAGAGCAAGGUCUUCUACCUGAAGAUGAAGGGCGACUACUACCGCUACCUGGCCGAGGUGGCCACGGGCGAGAAGAGGGCCACCGUGGUGGAGUCCUCCGAGAAGGCCUACAACGAGGCUCACGAGAUCAGCAAGGAGCACAUGCAGCCGACCCACCCCAUCCGCCUGGGCCUGGCGCUCAACUACUCGGUUUUCUACUACGAGAUCCAGAACGCCCCCGAGCAGGCCUGCCACCUGGCGAAAACCGCCUUCGACGACGCCAUCGCCGAGCUGGACACCCUCAACGAGGACUCCUACAAAGACUCCACGCUCAUCAUGCAGCUGCUCCGCGACAACUUGACACUGUGGACGAGCGACCAGCAGGACGACGAGGGAGGGGAGGGCAACAACUAGUGGCGAGCCGCACUCGACGCGCACGGGGCCCGGUGGACUUUGGCAGCCACUUUUGCCGAUGUCACUACCGCAGCAGUUCUUUAUUUUUCCACGAGUUUAACGAGUAAAAUAAACAAAUGAAAAAGAGGAGUUUAAGAGGGGAGGUUAAACCUUAGCUGGAAAUGAUAUAGUUAAACAAAAAUCUCCUUCCUCGUGGCCUCUUCGAUAUUUGCCAAAACCACUUAGAGGAAAAAAAAGUCAGUCAGUCAGAAGUGGCUGUUGGGUUGGAACAACAGGCUCACGCUGGCAUACGGACUGUUCUUGUAGUACCAAGACGAGCUGCUUAUUUAACUUUAGGGGUGGAAGAAGCGUUUUAAAAAGCUUGAACGUGGUAGCCUCGCAAAAUCGGGAUUGUAGUGGUUCCAGUAUGCAUGAUAAAUAUGCCAUGUUUUUGUUAUUCAAAGUUGUCCCAAAAUUACACGUCAACAUUAAUCCUGUGAUAAAAAUGUCGGUAUACAGAUGCACGUUACAUGCAAGAAAAUAUAAAUCCAUUUGAAACAAAGACCCAAUUAGUAAAGGAAUAGUGAAUGGCAAACGCCGAUAGCAGUCCUGUUUCCCCUACACUAGAUUCCCCAUCUAUUACUAGUCCUUAUGCUUACAUUUAAAAUAUGUAAUUUGACUUAUGGGUGCCCAAAAUGUAUUAAAAUCUGUCUGUCCCUUAAACACUGCAGAAUCUACUGGAACCACUGUCUUUUGCUGGCUAAGGUGCGAUUGAAAGCAGAGACGAACAGUCCUAAGUGAAUGAUCUUCAAGCGGCUUUGAAGUUUGGUUUACUUUUUUUUUCAAAUAAAUGCACUUGCCUAUUAUCUAUUAUACUGUUUCUUCAGUGUAAGACGAUUACAUCUUCAAUAUUCUCGAUAAUUCAAUAUUGUGCAUGCUGGUGAUGUAUUUAUAUACAGUAGCUUGACUUUAUUAACUUAUAAUGUAGGUGUUAUGUAUUCCUAUGAACAAGAAAAUGACUAGGCAUAAAUCAGAUGACUUUUAAUUUAUUCUUUUUGUUGUUUUUUUUUCCAUUUGCUUAUAUGCUAUACCAAAACAGUGAUCGUUAACAAUAAAUUGAUCUGUUAUGGAUGUUGCUAUAGUGACACGCAAUUCUUGUAUCUGAUUUGUUAACGCAAACAAGGAAGAAAAAAGAAGAAAAAAACACCAGUGUUAGCUUAAUCUUACUGUCUGGUGUUUGUCAUGGUGAAAUUAUAAUUCUGACAUUGUAAAACGAUAUGUUCUUAUGUCCUUAGAAUGACCUCUCUGUUUGUGCUUCUUAUGCCAUGUUAUGCAGUGAGAUAUUUAAGGUUUGAACAGUGGUAAAACGUUCAGAAUCAGUGUUUGCACACGGACCAUAAUUUAUUUCUGAUGGUAUAUGUUUAAAAAAAAUUCGGUUUUUACUUCUAGCUGUCUCAUGAGUGAUAAGUAUCUUGAAUGUGAGUGAUUAUGUAGCAGUCGCACAAGAGAAAAAUAAUAACAAAAUAAUAAUUAUAAUAAAACAUUAAAUAUGACUAAGCUCUAACUGCACCAUUUCCGAGCUGUUCUUGCACUGCAUUAUCAUCUUGUGGUAUACUUUUGUUUUGCAAAGAUAAAUGUGAUCUGUGAGAAAAUAUGUUGGUUUAACACAAUUUUAUUCCUCUGUGUGACUAACGUUUGUUGUUUUUUUUUCAUUAAUUUGUUCAUCUUUUGUGACGGCUUGUGGCUUGGAAAUAGUGUCCAUAAGACCUAGUACACACAUACUUAGUUGUAUGUUGCUGACAUAUUCAAGUUUGACUAUUUAUUAAUGUUUUAUUUUGUCAUCUAUGACAUUUUAUUUUGUUGCCAUGUCUCAGGUUUUUAUUCUCUGGCUCCAAAGUAAACCUCUCCCGAUUAUUUGUGUGGGAACGUGUAGGUAGAAUGGGAAUUUGCUCAGUGUUUAUUCCAGAAUGUGAAGUUCUCUGGUGAAUACAUUUUUCUUUGUAAUUGA